GGGGACCCACAGGAUCCUAAGCUGACACUCCCAGCAGGGUAGAUCCUGGGAAUCUGAUCUCCUGGCCUCCCUCACAUCCUCCCCCACCCCACUUCCUGGAGCAGCGACCUGCCCCCUUCCCGCCUGCACUCCCCUCCACUUCCAGGGCUGGGCUUCUCCUCACACCAGUCAGACAGCCUCUCCUCCGCCCAAGGGAAGCGGCUGCCUCCGUCAGGCUGCUUCCAGGAAGCCCCGGCCAGGCCCCAGCAUUGUUCAGGCCUCUCGGCCAGCACCCAGGCCAGCCAGACACCAUGAAGUCCAGCGGCCCUGUGGAGAGGCUGCUCAGAGCCCUGGGGAGGAGGGACAGCAGCCGGGCCACCUGCAGGCCUAGAAAAACUGAACCACACAGCUUCCGGGAGAAGGUUUUCCGGAAGAAACCACCAGUCUGUGCAGUGUGUAAGGUGACCAUCGAUGGAACAGGAGUCUCUUGUAGAGUCUGCAAAGUGGCAACUCAUAGAAAAUGUGAAGCAAAGGUGACUUCAUCCUGUCAGGCCUUGCCGCCGGCAGAGCUGAGGCGGAACACAGCCCCUGUCAGGAGGAUAGAGCACCUGGGAUCCACCAAGUCUCUGAACCACUCAAGGCAGCGCAGCACUCUUCCCAGGAGCUUCAGUCUGGAUCCGCUCAUGGAGCGACGCUGGGACUUGGACCUCACCUACGUGACCGAGCGCAUCCUGGCCGCCGCCUUCCCCGCGCGGCCCGAUGAGCAGCGACACCGAGGACACCUGCGCGAGCUGGCCCACGUGCUGCAAUCCAAGCACCGGGACAAAUACCUGCUCUUCAACCUUUCAGAGAAAAGACAUGAUCUGACCCGCCUGAAUCCCAAGGUCCAAGACUUCGGCUGGCCUGAACUGCACGCCCCACCCCUGGACAAGCUGUGCUCCAUCUGCAAGGCCAUGGAGACGUGGCUCAGCGCGGACCCACAGCAUGUGGUUGUGCUGUACUGCAAGGGGAGCAAGGGAAAGCUUGGGGUCAUCGUGUCUGCAUACAUGCACUACAGCAAGAUCUCUGCUGGGGCGGACCAGGCACUGGCGACACUUACUAUGCGGAAGUUCUGUGAGGACAAGGUGGCCGCGGAGCUGCAGCCCUCCCAGCGCCGGUACAUCAGCUACUUCAGCGGUCUCCUGUCUGGAUCCAUCAGAAUGAACAGCAGUCCUCUCUUCCUGCACUAUGUGCUUGUGCCCAUGCUGCCAGCCUUUGAACCUGGCAUAGGCUUCCAGCCUUUCCUCAAAAUCUACCAGUCUAUGCAGCUUGUCUACACCUCUGGAGUCUAUUGUGUUGCAGGCCCUGGUCCCCAGCAGCUUUGCAUCAGCCUGGAGCCAGCCCUCCUCCUCAAAGGCGAUGUCAUGGUGACAUGCUACCACAAGGGUGGCCGAGGGACUGACCGCAUACUCGUGUUCCGUGUCCAGUUCCACACGUGCACCAUCCAUGCAUCGCUGCUCACCUUCAGUAAAGACCAGCUGGACGAGGCCUGGAUGGAUGAGAAGUUCCCCUUUCAAGCUUCGGUGGAGUUUGUCUUCUCCUCUAGCCCUGAGAAGAUCAAAGGCAGCACUCCACGGAAUGACCCCUCUGUCUCUGUUGACUACAACACCGCGGAGCCUGCCGUCCGCUGGGAUUCCUAUGAGAACUUCAACCAGCACCAUGAGGACAGUGUGGACGGCUCCCUGACCCACACCAGGGGUCCCCUGGAUGGCAGUCCCUAUGCCCAGGUGCAGAGGCCCCCCCGACAGACCCCACCAGCACCCUCUCCGGAUCCACCUCCACCCCCCAUGCUCUCUGUCAGCAGUGACUCUGGCCAUUCAUCCACGCUGACCACAGAGCCUGCUGCCGAGUCUCCAGGCCGGCCGCCACCAACAGCCGCUGAGCGGCAGGAGCUCGAUCGCCUCCUGGGAGGCUGUGGAGUGUCCAGUGGAGGCCGGGGAGCUGGACGAGAGACAGCCAUCCUAGACGACGAGGAGCAGCCCCCCACAGGCGGAGGCCCCCACCUCGGGCUAUAUUCAGGCCUCAGGCCUGGCCUCAGUCGCCACUGCUCCUGUCGCCAAGGCUACCGGGAGCCCUGUGGGGCCCCCAAUGGGGGCUACUACCGACCAGAGGGAACCUUGGAGAGGCGACGCCUGGCCUGCGGGGCCUAUGAGGGGCCCCCACAGGGCUAUGCUGAGGCCUCUGUGGAGAAGAGGCGUCUCUGCCGAUCUCUGUCUGAGGGGCCAUAUCCAUACCAGCCGGAGUUGGGCAAACCAGCCACUGCAGACUUCGGCUACCGCUCUCCAGGCUACCGGGAGGUGGUAAUCCUGGAAGAUCCUGGACUGCCUGCCUUGUGCCCUUGCCCAGCCUGUGAGGAGAAGCUGGCACUGCCCACAGCUGCCCUUUAUGGGCUGCGGCUGGAGAGGGAGGCUGGAGAAGGGUGGGUAGGUGACACUGGCAAGCCUCUUUUGCACUCAGUGCGGCCAGGGCACCCCCUACCCUUACUGGUGCCUGCUUGUGGGCACCACCAUGCCCCAGUUCCUGACUACAGCUGCCUCAAGGCCCCCAAGGCAAGCGAGGAGGGGCAUGAGAAUUGUUCCUACACGCUGUGCCCAGAAAGCAGGUAUGGGCGUCCCGGGUACCCUGCCCUGGUGCCGUACGGCUAUGGAGGAGCAGUUCCCAGUUACUGCCCAGCGUACGGCCGUGUGCCUCACAACUGUGGGUCUCCAGAUGAGGGCAGAGGGUAUCCUAACCCUGGUGCCCACUCCCCACGUGCUGGCUCCAUUUCCCCGGGAAGCCCACCUUAUCCACAGUCCAGAAAGCUGAGCUAUGAGAUCCCCGCGGAGGAGGGAGGGGACAGGUAUCCCCUGCCUGGACACCUGGCCCCAGCUGGCCCCUUGGCAUCUACAGAGUCACCUGAGACAGUGUCCUGGAGGGAGGGCCCCAGUGGCCACAGCACGCUGCCUCGCUCUCCCCGAGAUCCCCAGUGCAGUGCCACCUCAGAGCUGUCUGCUCCCUCUACACCACUUCACACCAGCAGCCCAGUCCAGGGCAAGGAAAGUACCCGACACCAGGAUACCCGGUCUCCCACCUUGGCAACCCCCUUGGCAUCGACUCAGAGACUGAGUCCUACUGAGGCGUCAUCUGCUGCAUCCCAGGAAUGCGCUGAAAAGGCUCCUGAGCUGCCAGCCAGAAGUGGGCCUGAGCCUCCAGCCCCCCGCCCCUUCUCUCUGACCUCCCCUCCCAGUUCACCCAAUGACUGGCCUCAGGAAAGAAGUCCAGGGGGCCGCACAGAGAAUGCCAGUCCACGGGGGCCAGUGCCCGCCACGCUGCCAGGCCUUCGCCACGCCCCCUGGCAGGGCCCUCGAGGCCCUCCAGAUAGUCCAGAUGGGUCUCCUCUGACCCCUGUGCCUGCCCAGAUGCCCUGGCUUAUGGCCAGCCCAGAACCACCUCAGAGCUCACCCACCCCUGCUUUCCCCCUGCCUGUGUCCUAUGACACCAGCAGCCCUGCCCAGCCCCCACUGCCAGAGAAACGCCACCUGCUGGGGCCUGGGCAGCAGCCAGGGCCCUGGGACGCAGAGCAAGCCUCAUCGCCAGCCAGGGGCACCAGUCAUCAUGUCACCUUCGCACCUCUGCUCCCUGAUAACGCCCCCCACAUACCAGAGUCCUCGACACAAGAGAGCCAAAGUAAUGUCAAGUUCGUCCAGGAUACAUCCAAGUUCUGGUACAAGCCACACCUCUCCCGCGAUCAAGCCAUCACCCUGCUGAAAGACAAGGAGCCUGGGGCCUUCCUGAUCAGGGACAGUCAUUCAUUCCAAGGGGCUUACGGACUGGCCCUCAAGGUGGCUACACCUCCACCAAGUGCCCAGCCCUGGAAAGGGGAUCCCUUGGAACAGCUGGUCCGCCAUUUCCUCAUUGAGACAGGGCCGAAAGGAGUGAAGAUCAAGGGCUGUCCCAGUGAACCCCACUUUGGCAGCCUGUCUGCCCUGGUCUCCCAGCACUCCAUCUCCCCCAUCUCCUUGCCCUGCUGUCUGCGCAUUCCCAGUAAAGAUCCUCUGGAAGAUGCCCCUGAGACUCCAGUGCCUACCAACAUGAGCACAGCCGCAGACCUCUUACGUCAGGGCGCUGCUUGCAGCGUGCUCUACCUGACCUCCGUGGAGACUGAGUCACUGACAGGCCCUCAAGCUGUGGCCCGAGCCAGCUCUGCAGCUCUGAGCUGCAGCCCCCGCCCUACACCUGCGGUUGUCCACUUCAAGGUCACCGCCCAGGGCAUUACACUGACAGACAACCAAAGGAAAGUGUUUUUUCGUCGCCACUAUCCAGUGAAUAGCAUCACCUUCUCCAGCACUGACCCUCAGGACCGGAGAUGGACCAACCUUGACGGGACCACCUCCAAGAUCUUUGGUUUCGUGGCCAAGAAGCCGGGGAGCCCCUGGGAGAAUGUGUGUCACCUCUUCGCAGAACUUGACCCAGAUCAGCCUGCAGGCGCCAUUGUCAGCUUCAUCACCAAAGUUCUACUGGGCCACAGAAAGUGAAGGCAGGCCCAGCUCGAAGAGCCCACAUCAACACUGCAUCCCCUCCCGGCACCCCACAGCUCUCACUCCCUCUUGGGUCCCCUUCCCUUAGGAAUGGGGAGUAGGCCUUAGCCUGGCACACUGCUCUUUCCUGACCCCAGCCUGCUAAGCUAAGUGGAUGGACCCAUGGGAUGGCCUUGCACGUGAGCAGAUGGCAGAGGCAGACGUGUGAGGGUGAAGAAGCAUCAGAAGUUGAGCCCUGGUGGGGAUGAGGUUGGCCCCGGCUGCACAAGAACACCAGCCUUGGAGGAGAAUCAGGCCCUGCCAGCUCCACCCAGCUGUAGGUCCCAGGACGGCAGCGAGAGGGGAGAGGGGAGGUGGGUAGGGAGCGAGUUGCUCCCUUCUUGGCCUCCCCCCUGAACAGAGAGACCUGAGUGGGAUCACAUAAAGAGGGGUUUUAUAAAAAAGAGUCUAUUUUUGUCUAAUAAUAAAGAAUUUCUAUAAAUUUUA